UCUUAUUUAUGUGCAUCAAUGAGGAGACCAGGUAUGGCUGUGUUCAAACAGCAGAAGGUAGAAGAUCUAUAUGAAAUUGGGGAAGAGCUGGGAAGUGGCCAGUUUGCUAUAGUGAAGAAGUGCCAAGAGAAAGGUACCGGAGUAGAAUAUGCAGCUAAAUUCAUUAAGAAGCGUCAGAGCAGGGCCAGCCGCCGUGGAGUGAGACGGGAGGAAAUUGAACGGGAGGUGAAUAUUCUGCAGCAGAUCUUACAUGGCAACAUCAUCAAGCUGCAUGAUGUCUACGAGAACAAGACAGAUGUGGUGCUCAUCCUUGAGCUAGUGUCUGGAGGAGAACUUUUUGACUUCCUAGCACAGAAAGAGUCUUUGAGUGAGGAGGAAGCAACCAGGUUCAUUAAGCAGAUUUUGGAUGGUGUUAAUUACCUCCAUUCCAAGAAAAUUGCACAUUUUGAUUUAAAGCCUGAAAAUAUUAUGCUUCUAGACCAGAACAUCCCUAUUCCACACAUAAAGCUCAUUGACUUUGGCCUGGCCCACAAAAUAGAAGAUGGAGUAGAAUUUAAAAAUAUUUUUGGGACACCGGAGUUUGUAGCUCCGGAAAUAGUAAACUAUGAACCACUUGGGCUAGCUGCAGAUAUGUGGAGCAUAGGAGUCAUCACUUACAUACUGCUGAGUGGUGCAUCACCUUUCCUUGGAGAAAAUAAGCAGGAAACUCUUGCCAACAUCACAGCUGUGAAUUAUGAAUUUGACGAGGAAUUUUUCAGUCACACCAGUGAUCUGGCAAAAGACUUUAUCCAGAAACUCCUGGUGAAAGAUACACGGAAGCGACUCACAAUUCAGGAAGCGCUCUCUCAUCCUUGGAUAACGACUCACCAGCUGAAGGGAGAGACAAAAGUCCAAGAAAACAAGAAGGCUGAGAAUACACAGCUGAAAACAAAACGUUUGAAAGAAUACACCAUAAAGUGCCAUUCAAGUAUGCCACCAAACAACACCUACAUCAAUUUUGAGCGCUUUGCCCAUGUGGUAGAAGACAUUUCUCUGAUGGAACGUGGUUUUAGUACUCUAGCUGUGUCUCAUGAUUCUUUGCAGGAGGACAUAGAUGCAUUGGUUUCCAUUUAUAAUGAAAAAGAAGCUUGGUACAAAGAAGAAAAUGAAAAUGUGAGGCACAAGCUUUCUCAGCUUAAGUAUGAAUACCGUAAAAUCGAAUCUCUGAAGAGACAUCUGCAGGACGAUAUCCAGACUAUAGGUGCCAGUCUUGCAAGUGUCACUGGGAAAUGCAUUGAUCUACAGUCUCGAUAUGAGUCUCUGAGUCGGGAACUUUCUGAAGAACUCGGUUGGAUCCAGGAUUUAAUGAGUAAUUUUCAGCAGGAGAAUGGAAAUGAAGCAUCUAUGAAUGGAAACUUUGGCUCUGUUUUUAACAAAGAUAUUAAUGAAUCACUAAUGGAGCUGUUAAACAGAUCUUGCUGUGAAGAAUUCCUUGCAGGAUUGAAUCUUGAUGUUGCAGACUCAAGUCAAUAAUGGUGACUUGGGUUUCUAAUGCAGGAAGGUCUCUGUUUUCCUGUCUGUCUUGUUAUACAGCAGUAAAAAUAUCUGUUACCUCAGCAGAAAAACAUUAUGUAGGCAUCAAAACAAAAUAUUGUUGUGUUGCACAAACUUCUUCAGUGUUUUUAGUGAUGACAUUCUUGUGACAAGUUUAGUUUCUGAAUUCUUAGAGGAGUUGAUAUCACAUUAUUACAAGGCUCAUUUGCCCCUGAAGCUAUUUUGUUUUAACAUUACCAUGAAAUGUUAAAUAUACCAGUCCUGAAGAUUAAUGGGUAAUUUACAUGAAAUGUUUAUUUACAGUUACCACAUGCCUUAAAGCCUAAAAAAAAAUCAUAGAAACAUCCUUGUUUGGAUAAAGGAAAUAGUCAUGCAGAUCAGAUAAUUGAGAAUACUUAUGAAAGUUAAUUCAGCCAUAUAAACUGGAGCAAGUGAUGCAGUGAUUUAUCAGUUCGUACUAUGAAAAUCUCCAUGAAAAUCACUGCUGCUGAAG